ACCCAGAGUUGCAUAUGGCGUUCUCAGAUUCAAGCCGAAUUUAAAGCCGGGUUUAAGAAUCAAGGCAGACUGGCCUGGGUAUAUGAUAUAAUUAAAGUAGGAUGGGGUUAUUGUGUACAAAGGAAAAAUUUAAAAAUGAAACGUUAAUUUCACGUCAAAAAUACGUUUUUAAAGUUAGUUUUCACAGCUGUCUUAAUGAUUUUCUAUUUUUUUCAAGUUUUUCGUAAAGUUUUAAGUCGGGGUCAUUGUAUAUUUACAAAGUGUACGCUCCCUGCAUACCUAUUGUUAUCACUCUCAGGUUGAGGGUGAACUGUAUUUAUUCUUCACUCUUCAGUACUUACAAUUACAUCCGAGAAUUGAGUGGUGGUUGGUAUAUAAGUGAUACAGCUUGACAUAUAAAUUAAAGUGAUAAAACAUGAAAGUGAUGUAUGAAUGAGUGCUGAAAACUGAAUUAAAAAUCUAGGUUCAUGAUGAACAUGUUGACAACGAAUCAAAACUUGAUAAUUUAUUUUACAAUAUCUACCCUGGUUCUUUACUUCGGGCCAACCAACUUCUUCAGACUCUUCCCAGGGUUUAGAAACCAUAAUCCUAUAGUGGAAACUAAACAGGGACCGGCUAGGGGCGAACAAUGGGUCUCUAGGGGGGGACAAUCCUUUCACUCCUUCAGGGGCAUUCCCUACGCUAAACCCCCUGUUGGUAGGAGAAGGUUUAAACUACCUGAACCCUUCCAGGAGAACGAUAGGUGGAGCAAAGUUUUAGAUUUUGCAAGUAAUCCCCCGUCCUGCCCUCAGCUUAGUGUAUUAGGGAUCGGAGUAACUGGUAAUGAGGAUUGUCUAUAUCUGAAUGUAUAUACUCCAACCCUAUCCCAGAGUGCUCUACUCCCAGUACUGGUGUAUGUACAUGGAGGAGGGUUUGCUGUAGGAGAAUGUGGUUCCUCUGUGUGUGGUCCACACAACUUCAUGGAUAAACAAGUUGUCCUUGUCACACUUCACUACAGGCUAGGUCCCCUAGGCUUCUUAAGUCUUGAAAGCGAUAAUAUGCAGGGUAACCAAGGUUUAUGGGACCAGAGAGAAGCUCUACUCUGGGUCAAGAAGAAUAUAAAGGAGUUCGGAGGAAACCCUAAACAAGUGACCCUACUGGGUGAGAGUGCCGGAGCUAUGUCGGUUGGGUUCCAUCUCACUUCUCCAUCUUCUCAGGGUCUCUUCCAUAGAGCAAUCCUGCAGAGCGGAUCCAGUUUAACCUCUGCUCUGAAACCUUCCAGGAGGCCGAGUUAUUAUGCUUUAAAACUUGGAGAAUCCGUCGGCUGUACUGAUGAGAGUACUCUGAUUCCUUGUCUCCAGGAUACUCCGGUUAAACAGAUCAUAGAGCAAACCCUGCUCUUUGACGAGUGCGGGAUGAGAUCUGAUUAUUUUAUGUCUAAUCCUGGUCCUUGGAUACCUGUAUCCGAUCCAUACGCAGACAAGUCAUUCAUCCCCCAGGAUCCAGGUAGUCUGGUUGAACAAGGGUUGAGUUCAAAGAUCCCAGUUCUGAUUGGAUUUAACGAAGCCGAGGGUUUACUUUACUCCACCAGGUUUAUCAAGGAUACGGAGUUUUAUCAGUACUUUAAGAAGAACCUGGAUAAAUGUCUGGUUUUGAACACACUGUCAAUGGGAGAGGACGGGUUGGAAGAGAAAGUGGUUUCUAGAGCUCAUCACCUAGUGAAGGAAUACAAUGGGAUCCAGGACGGAGAAAUGAUAAAUCAAGGAUUCACAGAUAUGGUUGGAGAUGCUAGAUUUAUUCUCAGUGCACAUCAACACACGGAGCUACUUAGAAAUCAAAAUAAUACAGUUUACAGGUAUAUAUUCUCCUAUGUCGGAUCUAGCUCCUAUGCUGAUAUAUUCUCCUCCUCUUUACCUGAGAUCAUCUUUAACACUAUCAAGAGAUACCUUGGACUCUCUGACAGUUUAAGACUAGGAGCUAGUCAUGUGGAUGAACUGAUCUAUCUAUUUUCUAAUCCUCUCCUCCACCAUCUACCAACCCAAGAAGAUCAACUAGUCAGUGAGAAUAUGAUCAAAUGGUGGACCAGCUUUGCCAAAUCUGGAAACCCGAACGGAAACCUAUCUAAGAGAAAGAAGGGUUUGACCGGAGCUCCCGACGCUGAACCCUGGAAACCUGUGUCGGAGAGUGGUGAGUUUGAGUACUGGGUGAUUAAUCAUGAUUCUAGAAUGGUUUCAAGGGAGGAUCUCAAGGAGAGGUUCGACAGAUGGAAAUAAAUAUUUUUUGAAAAUACGUUUUUAUUAAAAAUAAAUUUAUUACAUUUUCUCCAAGCAGAAA